UCAUGAGGUUAGGAGCUUUGUGUCUUCUUCUACUGUAUGGACUCAUUGGGUCCUACGCGCAGCCACCAUGCAGCCUGAUAACACCCAACGUGCUUCAUUUGGACAACAAAGAGACCAUUAUUAUAGUAGAUGGACAUGGUUCUGCGUUUGAUGCUGAAAUCAUAAUCCACGACUUUCCCCUGAAGAAAUUCACUUUAGUUUCAACCAACGUCUCUGUCAACAGCAAUAACCGAUACUUUGGAGAUGUUAAGUUGACGAUCCCUUCUAAUAAUUUGGAGAAAAACCCAAAUAAGAAACAGUUUGUGUACGUCACUGUAAAGUCUGCUGCUUGCUCUCUGGAGAAAGCUGUCCUGGUGUCCUUUCAAAGUGGAUAUCUAUUUAUACAGACUGACAAACCCAUCUACACCCCAGGAUCUACAGUUCUAUACAGGAUUUUUGCCGUGACUCCAAAACUAAAACCAGUGAGCAAACCGGUGAUCAUUGAAUUUCUGACUCCAGAAAAUGUCAUUAUUAAAAGAGAUCUAAUUCAACAAUACACCAAAACUGGAAUCAUAUCCAUGUCUCAUAAACUGCCUGAUCUUAUAAGUUUUGGACUAUGGACCAUAUCAGCAAAGUUCGAGGACACUUUGAUGCAGAAUUAUACCGCACAAUUUGAAGUGAAACAAUAUGUUCUACCAAGCUUUGAAAUAAAAGUGACUGCAUCUCAGAAAUUUUUCCACAUUAACGACGAAGAACUAAGGGUGGACAUAGAGGCAACCUAUCUCUAUGGUGAACCUUUUAAAGGAAAAUCCUUUGUGGUCUUUGGACUCAAGAGAGACAAUGAGAAGAAAAGUUUGCCAGAUACUCUGAGGAUAGUAGAUUUGGGUGGAAAACUUCAGGAACUGGAUGGCAAUCAAAUUGAAGAUGUGAGCCAUGCAGGGCACAUGGAUCAACCUUCCCUGAUGCAGCGCAGACAGAGUGUUCUUCCCAUCAUUGGUGACCAUGGUACCUAUCUCCAGUUGGCGAGGAGAUAG